UUUAAUGCAGAAUGGAGUGUAAUAUUGAUGAUUUACCAGAUGUUGUAUUAGAAUACAUUUUAAGUUUAAUUCCACCAUAUAAAAAUCUUCAGGAAUGUAAACUUGUAUCCAAAAGAUGGUUCCGUGCUACCAAAAAUGUAAUACAACAUAAUAAAGCACAUUUUCAUAAGUCUGUGGCUUAUGGAUCAUUGCUUUGGAGUCCAUGGCCAUCCAAGCAUUGGAUGCCUACUAUUGCAAAAAGACAUUCGCAUUCUGCUUGUACAUAUGAAAAUUCCAUGUAUGUAUUUGGUGGAUGUACUGCAACAUGUACAACAUUCAAUGAUUUAUGGAGAUUGGAUUUGGAUACACGAAAAUGGAUCAGAUUAAUCACAAUGGGAACAUAUCCAUCUCCUAAAGCUUGUGCUACUAUGUUAUAUUAUAAAAAAAGUUUCAUUUUAUUUGGAGGAUGGUCUCAUCCAGCAUUAUACUCUGUACAUCAGCAAUCAAAAUUAUUCAAUGAAUUACAUGUAUAUUCUAUAGAAUCCAAUAAAUGGAUUGCUAUAAAUACGUUGGAAACACCUCCACCCACUUCAGCACAUUCUGCUUCAAUUCAUAAAAAUUAUAUGAUUGUUUUUGGUGGUAUAUGCAAUGGAUAUAGAUCCAAUGACAUAUGGUGUUUGAAUCUGGAUUCCUAUAGUUGGCAUAAGCAACCUACUUCAAAUUUAAAACCACAACCACGUUAUGGUCAAUCUCAAAUAGAGCUUGGAGACAAGCAUCUUCUUGUGUUAGGAGGCUGCACUGGACCUAAUGUUGCUAUGAAUGAUGCCUGGUUACUAAAAAUGGAAGGUGCAGUAUGGACAUGGAAAAAAGUAAAUAUGCACAAUACAGAAUGGGCUCCAACACGCAUUUGGUGUCAUCAAGCUUGUAAGGUGGGAAAUCAUAUUAUUGUUCUUAGCAUUAAUAAAUGUCAAAAUAAGCCAAAUGAUAUGAGUAUAUCGCUCAAAAAGGUCACUUGUCAAGCAGCAUCUUCAACGAGAACAAAUAAUUCAUCUCCAUUACAUGGAAGACAAGGAAGCGUAUCUCAUAUUGAUAGAGAUGUAAACAUUAAUGGACGACAUGGGUCGUUUUCCGAAAUAUCUAUACAAAAUCCACGCCCUCCGCAUCAUCCUCCUAAUUUUACAAAGAAUUUAACAUUAUGUUAUGAUAAUAUGUUAAGUAUGACGGCUUUUCGUAAUGAACCAGUGCGUUAUGAUAUUAAUAGUCAUCGACAACGACAAUUAGAAUCUCUUCGUAGAAUGGAAGAGAGUAUUAGAAAUCGAAGAACACAAUCGAAGCCUGCAAAAAAGACAAAAAAUACUUUGUCCAUAUUUGUGUUAGACAUUACGAAUGUCUUAUGCGAAGAAUGUAGUGCUUCGUGGAUUCCUUUAAAACAUAAUGAUCAAUCGGGUCCCAAUGAAAGAAUACUUUAUUCGCUUGUAGCUGGUCGCGGUGAAUUAAUAGUAUUUGGAGGUAUUGGCAAAGAACAAGCAUCUAUACAAAAUCAUCCUGAUAUGGAUGAGCCUGAAGUUUAUAAUGAUCUCCAUUUUAUAAACCCACCAAGAUAUGUUAUUUAAUAUCUUGUAGCAACAAAUAAUACAUUUCUAUGUUUAAUUAAGAAUAGUUUAAUUUUGUUAGCCUUGAUUUGAUUCUAUUAUAAAUUAUUUACUAAAAAUUAAUUUAA